UAGCAGCACUUAGCAGCUAGCUACCCAUGGUUGGCUAGAGGCACGACAAUGCUAACUGCUUUGGUCAUGAAAGUGGGUUAAGAAGUUAUUUAGGAAACCUAAGCUGCAAACAGCCACAUGACAAUCUGUCCGGGCGAUUUAAGCGAUAACACUGCCUCUAAAUUCAGUCAACGUUGUCUAGAAAUGCCCUUUGCCUUCAAACACAGAGAGACUACCUGUGUUAGCAAAGUCACAGGAACUUAGUUCAACACGGGUUAAAAGAGGUUUUUUUGAGUUAUUACACACAAGAAAGACAGGUUUCUCCCAGUUCAAGAUAUCAGAAUGCGGGGUUGAGUCGUCAGAGGAGUCCCAGUGAAGAUCUGAAGGUGGAGAGCUUAUCUGUGAGAAGAAAUCAGAGGAGGGUCUCAGCUACAGUAUCUCCUAAACUCCCUCAUCAACAUGGGGGCUGUCAUCUCUCGGUGGAAGGCUAAACCAUCCACUGUGGAGAUUUUGGAAGGAAUCGAUAAGGACAUUCAGGUUCUUGAAGAUUACAGUGAGAAGUAUCAAAAGCAGUUGAAGAUAUGGGUUUGGCGGCUGCUUCUGUACUCGUCUCUGCUCUUCCUGGUCACGUGUAUCGUGGUGUACUUCUGGUACCUGCCUGAACAGAUGAUGGGCCGGCUCAUAUUGUCUCUUCCCUUUGUAGUAUUUCCUUUAAUAGUAUGGUUACUUCGAAAAAUGCUUAUAUUUAUUUUUUCUCGGAGAACUGAAAAAAACAAUGAAAACUUGGAAGAUCUGAAAGCACAAAAAAGAAAAAUACUUGAAGAAGUUAUGGAAACUGAGACUUAUAAAAACGCUAAAAUGAUUCUGGAGAGGUUUGAUCCUGAUUCAAACAAAAAGAUGGAGCUUGAAUCCACUCCAGUUGGACCGCAUAUGACUCCAAAGCCAGGACAAGAGCUUCGCCAGCGCAAUGUCAUCCCAAAGACCCCCACACUGGUGGUGAAUCCUGCAAGCGGAGCUGCCGCCCGCCCUCCUCUUGCCUCUGGGCCCACCUAUCCUGGCCGAUCUUCCCACUCUGCUCCAGGUGGACCCCCAGAGAGGAGCCUGUCGGCUAUGGCUGCUCAGCAGAGCUUGAUGAGGAGGCCCGUGACCCCUGGAACACCUGUUCCAGGAGUCGGGAUGCACCCCCCAGGCCCACCCCUGGCCAGACCCGUGUUCCCGAGGGAGAGAGGCGCUAUGGACAGAGUCAUUGAGUAUCUUGUUGGAGAUGGCCCUCAGAACAGAUACGCUCUCAUAUGUCAGCAGUGUGUCUCCCAUAACGGCAUGGCAUUAAAGGAGGAAUUUGAAUAUGUUGCCUUUCGAUGCGCAUAUUGUUUUUUCUUGAACCCUGCGCGAAGGACCAGGCCUCAGGCACCCAGACUCCCCGAGGUCACAGGUGAGCUGAAGAUGCCAUCUGAAGCAUCCAUGGCAUCGUCUGCUGAGGACGUGGAUGAUCACCAGUCUGUUACAGAGGACAGCAAGCUUGCCGAUGUCUCUGCCGAAUCAGACACCCAAGAGCCAGGGACACCGACAACCACAGAGCCCAGUUCUGCAUCAGACAGCCAAAGCACUCCUCCAGAGUUAGAAGAUGCACCCGUAGAGAAAUCUGAUGGGGAGCAGGAUUUGUCUGCCAUGGAGGUGGAAUAAAGAAGGUGGAAUAAAGAAGGUGGAAUAAAGAAGGUGGAGUUGUGAUGCCAACACAAGUCAUGCUGGAUCUUUAAAGAGAUAACUGUUAACUUAAGAGGAAAUGCCGUGAGUUGGAAUAACACAGGAAUUAGUCAGCAGCUGAUGUAAUGUAAUUUUAACUUACAGAACAGAAUGACCUUUCUUUUGAGAAUUGCUUUUAUAGUUUGCACAGUAGUUAUGAAUGGAAUAAUUUACAGCAUAGCAUUAGCAUUUAGGAACAAUCGCCAAACAAACCUCCUUUCCUGUUCACUUAUGGGUCCAGCCCAACUUGACAAGAUGUCGUUAAGGGGGACAAGAAUAAGGAUGGCACAGAUAUUAAAUGUAUUGUUUGUUUGUUUGUUUGUUUUACAGAAAAAGUCCAUGUUUUCAUUAUGUUGUAUUUAUCUUGGAUUAUUUUUGGAUGAGCCCAUCUUUGUUAAUUCACUUUGUGAAUUUGGACAGAAACAAAACAAUAAUUUAAUAAAUAAUAAUAAAUAGUUUUCUAUAAUGCUGUGCCAUCCAUGACAGUGUUUACUAGGCUACUCUGCAGCACAGUAGUGCUAAAAACAUGUUUACACAACCUUGGUACAGUAAUAGGAAUGCACAAACAGUUUGUAUUUAUUGCUAAAAGGGAGGAAAUGAGAUUUAUGUCAGUACUGUGCACCUUCCCUAAGUGCCUUUUAAAGCUAAAGUCUGUUUCAGAGUAUUGUCAAUGAAAUCUAUUUACACAGAGACAGUAAUGUCAUUUAAGUGUUUACAGACUGUGUGUUUGCUGAAUGUCUGAAUCCCUUUGCUGUUUAAAUAAUACUUAAUAAACUUUUGAGAAAAUGUC